UCAAUAAAGUACUUCCUUUUACUCAAUAUUUUGUUAUACUCAAUAAAGUUCUUCCUUUCACUCAAUAUUUUGUUAUACUCAAUAAAGUACUUCCUUUCACUCAAUAUUUUGUUAUACUCAAUAAAGUACUUCCUUUCACUCAAUAUUUUGUUAUACUCAAUAAAGUUCUUCCUUUCACUCAAUAUUUUGUUAUACUCAAUAAAGUUCUUCCUUUCACUCAAUAUUUUGUUAUACUCAAUAAAGUACUUCCUUUCACUCAAUAUUUUGUUAUACUCAAUAAAGUACUUCCUUUCACUCAAUAUUUUGUUAUACUCAAUAAAGUACUUCCUUUCACUCAAUAUUUUGUUAUACUCAAUAAAGUACUUCCUUUCACUCAAUAUUUUGUUAUACUCAAUAAAGUUCUUCCUUUCACUCAAUAUUUUGUUAUACUCAAUAAAGUACUUCCUUUCACUCAAUAUUUUGUUAUACUCAAUAAAGUACUUCCUUUCACUCAAUAUUUUGUUAUACUCAAUAAAGUACUUCCUUUUACUCAAUAUUUUGUUAUACUCAAUAAAGUACUUCCUUUUACUCAAUAUUUUGUUAUACUCAAUAAAGUACUUCCUUUCACUCAAUAUUUUGUUAUUCUCAAUAAAGUUCUUCCUUUCACUCAAUAUUUUGUUAUACUCAAUAAAGUACUUCCUUUCACUCAAUAUUUUGUUAUACUCAAUAAAGUACUUCCUUUCACUCAAUAUUUUGUUAUACUCAUAA